UAAUAUAUUGUCCAGACUCUAGACAUGGACCAAGCCGAUUAAGUUUCGGGAAGGUGUGGUAGUGUUACCAAAAUGGUAAAGGGUCAGACUUUUAGAGUUUCCAUUCCAUAAGUUUCAUGUUCGAUUUUUCGAACCAUUGUCCGGAUAAAAAAAUCCCAAAAAAUUAUAUUUGUGUAUGUAUAAUUUUUUAAAAUUUUAAAGCUGUUUUUUUUUUCAAUUUUUUUUUUUUUAUUACAUUAUGCUCUUGAACAUAAUUUCAGGCUCCAUCCAUAGGAUCAUAUAUCUUUGAGUUGCCACCGGGUGCAUCCCUUUUUCUCUCUCUUUUCUCUUCCAAUCCUUUAUCUCUGUUCACUCUUCGUAUCUUCUUCCCCUUUUUGGGUUAUUCUUAUCCUCCAACAGAACCCAACCACCUUACUCUGGCAUUACAAACACUUCCAUAAUAAAUGACUACAAAGCACUCAUUUUUGUAACAUUACCUAUUUAGCCUUCUUUUACAUUAAAUUUAUAAAAGUAAAUAAUCACAUUCAUCUAAAAAUUUUUAGUAAUCCAUUCACUAUCAUUAAAAUAAAAAAAUAUUAAAACUCAUGCUCUUAAAAAGUUACAUUCUCGAAAAUUCUGUCUAUGAAAAAUAUCACAUUUUAGAAAACAACCGUUUUGUAAUUUUAUGGUGUAGAGGAUGAUGGUGAUUUCGGAGGAGAAAAUAUCAUAAUAAUAUCUAUUACCAAAUUUUGUAUUCAAGUUGGAUUUUAUCAUGGACCCGAAUACGUGCUUUAAGUCCUGUAUUGGAAGAUAAUGGUUGUGGAAUAAAAGUCAUUACAAAUAAAAUUAAGAAUUAAAUCUACCUCUGACACGAAUCAAAUAUCUUCUAAUUCAAAAACUUACACGAAUCAAAUAUCUUCUAAUUCAAAAACUUACAGUGUACAUGCUCACCCUACCCUUAUAAGCCCAAAUCAUAUCACAACCGAAUCCGAUAUGUAUGGGACAAGACCCUCUAAUAUUAGGCCAUCCCUAAUAUUAUUAGUGUAAAUAAUGAAUUUUAGUUUAAAUGAUGUGUCAUUGUCACACAAUCUUAUCCUAAGUCUAAAAAUUUGCUCUAUUAAUCAUGUCCAUUCGAUCAUAUAAGAUGUCUACAAAUAUAUUGGACUAUAAACUAACAUUCUCUAUCUCUCCGACUCUCCGGACAGUUGUUGAUUCUGAGUUAAGGAGACUACUCCAAAGUGAAAUAGAUGGACCAUUUUGUCCUUCAAGUCCUCUUCAUGGCAGUGGUAGCGUUGGCCACCUUUGUCUUGUUAUAUGUCAAACGUCGACGGUCACGGACUGAGUCACGGCCCGAGUCAACUCUGCCUUCACCACCAAAGCUUCCGAUAAUCGGUCACAUCCAUCUCCUCACUGGCAUGCCCCACCACGCCUUCGGUCAACUCGCCCGUAAACUUGGACCCAUCAUCUACCUCCAACUCGGCCAAGUCCCCACCCUGGUCAUCUCCUCUGCUCAACUCGCCCGACUCGUCCUCAGAAACCAUGACCAAGUCUUCGGGACUCGCCCCCGAGAUCUCGUCGCCGCCAAGUACCUCUCCUUCGGCUGCACAGACAUCACAUUCAGCCCGUCCGGCCCUUACUGGCGCCAGGCCAGAAAAAUUUGCGCCGCCGAGUUACUGAGUCAAAAACGGGUCAACUCGUUCGAACUCGUCCGGGACGAGGAGGUGAACCGGUUGGUAUCCACCGUUUUGACUCGGUCGGGAAGUGAAGUUGACAUGAGGGAGUUGCUGUUCACCUUAUCAAACAACACAGUGUGCCGAGUCGCAUUCGGAAAGCCACUCAUCGACGACUCGGAGAGAAAGAAUCACGAGUUGAUGGAUAUGUUGACUGAAACGCAGGCUUUGCUUGCUGGGUUUUUCAUGGGGGAUUUGUUUCCCAAGUGGGACUGGGUCAACUCAGUGAGCGGGUUGAAACGGAGGUUGAAGAAUAACAUGGAUGAUCUGAGCAGGGUCGUCGAUGAGAUUGUGAAGGAACAUGUGAAGAAGAGAGAGACUAGCAAAAAAGAUUUCGUAGACGUUUUGCUUUGUAAGCAAAAAGAAGACGACGACCUUGAAGUGCCCAUCACAGACGAUGGCAUUAAAGCUAUUCUUACGGACAUAUUUGUAGCUGGGACUGACACAACAUCAGCAACACUAGAAUGGACAAUGACAGAGCUAGUUAGGCACCCAAGAGUCAUGAAGAAAGCACAAAACGAAGUUCGGAAAAUCGCAGGGAGCGGAGGGAAGGUAAAUCAAAGUCAUCUCCAACACCUACAUUACCUGAGAUCUGUGCUAAAGGAAACAAUGCGACUGCACCCAGUAGUCCCUCUCGUGGGUCCUCGAGAAUCCACGGAGAAUUGCAUUCUUAAUGGCUACGAAAUUCCAGCAAAAACUCGAGUCCUAAUCAACGCUUAUGCCAUAGGGAGGGAUGCAGAGUCUUGGGAGAAUCCUUUGGAAUAUAAUCCUGAGCGGUUUGAGGAUACUCGUAUCGAUUUUAGGGACCAAGAUUUCAGGUUUCUACCGUUCGGGGGAGGACUGAGGAGUUGCCCGGGGUAUUUCUUUGGAUUAGCCUCAAUGGAGAUUGCAUUGGCUCGCUUACUGUAUCAUUUCGACUGGGCAUUACCUCAUGGGGUAGGAGCCAACGAUGUGAACCUAGAAGAGAUUUUUGGGCGAGCGACCAGAAAAAAAUCAGCUCUAAUACUCCUCCCAACUGCAAAUAAGGAUUAUGCGUUCAAGAUGGUUGAGACGGAAUGAGUUCCUGAUACUUAUGAAGAAGCCUAUGAGGGUACAUCUAGUAGGGGUCUCUAGUAAUCAACUAAUCAAUAUAUAUCUCAUCUUUCAGUUGCUACCGGUGUUUCAUAGUAAUGCAUGGCGAUUUUCGUAGAUACCAAAAACUUCCAAACGACAAUGAUGAUAUGGAUAAGAACAAGUAGAUACUUAGUUUCUGUAUGAAUGUAAUUGACGAAAGUCACAAAAGACACAAAAAUUUUCUUUUAUGAAAAGAGACAUGUGAACAAAAUGUGUAGUAUUGUUCCGUACAGCACCUCGCUCCGUGUGCUGGUUGAGUGGUAAUGUAACAUAUGAAGCCUUCUAACCUCAUAAUAGAGAAAAUACCCAUUCUUCUU